GGUAUGAUAUCCGCAAGUUGAACUUGAUCUUAUCAGACACGUUUGAAGCCCUUUGAGGCCUUCUGUGUGGAUGAUGAAUAGUUAUUAAAUAGUGCAAUAGAAACGUCCGGGCAGCAUCUCCACAUCUUUCCCCUCCUUGAGAAUGAGAGGGUCUAUGAAUCUGCGUCUAGGAAAAAACACCCUGCCUCUCGUCCGAGGUUAACAGAGACAACAGCGCCCUGUGACCGGAAAUACGCAGCUCAUAUAAAAUCAGAGUCUGGGAGGAGUUUGACCUCGGAGGGGAACUGGUCCAACUGGUUGGUUCAUCAUUUCCUUGUUAUGAGUCGGACGGUUUGGUGUGGCUCACUUCAUCACAGCAGGAAGACGACGAAGGAAUGGCCUCUGCUACUUCCGGGUCUGAGGAGGUCUCCUCCUGUUCCAUCUGUCUGGAUGUGUUCAACAGCCCAGUCACCACACCAUGUGGGCACAACUUCUGCAGAACCUGUAUUACAACGUUCUGGGAUGAACAAGUCCAGUACAAAUGUCCUGUUUGCAACGAGCUGUUCCACACAAGACCUGAUUUACGGGUCAAUACCCUCUUUUCAGAGAUGGUUGAUCGGUUUAGAAGGACUGUACGAGUCAAAGAGCCGCCUUGUGUUGAUCCAGGAGAAGUUCCCUGUGACGUCUGUACUGGGACCCAGCUGAAGGCUGUGAAGUCCUGCAUAGUGUGUAAUACCUCUUACUGCCAAACCCACCUGGAGCCACACCAGAGAGUCGCUCGCCUGCAGACACAUCUGCUGGUCAACCCUUUGGACAGUCUGGAAGACAGGAUGUGUAAGAAACACAACAGACUUCUGGAGCUCUUCUGUCAGACUGACCAGGUGUGUGUGUGUGUG